CGAUGAUGAAUGCAGCAGAAAGACUCUAAAACCCUUUGAGUGUUACAAUGAGGACCUUAAGCUUUUCCCUUACCUUCAUCCUCCAGUUGUCUUUGACCCCAAAGCCUUAUGUUGCAGGAGUGGCCUGGGAAACUCAGAAUGUGGCAUUUGAGUCCAAUACAACUGAUAGGUACAUACUGCCACCAACUGAAAAGACUCCACAGGACCUUGUCUCCUCACUAACAUACUCAGAUUGCAUUAUCCAGUGCUGAUUUACAUGAGCAUGUCAAGCCACAGAAAGCCCGUGCAGUGCCCAAUAGUGCCAAGUUGUGGCCCGUGAAAGCCCUUAUCAUGUCUGAGUCACAUUGUAGGCUGUUUGGAAAUGUCAGUGUUAGCCAUAUUAUACCAAGGAGGUACUGUGAAAGGGGUUUGAAAAUGAUUUGGUCCCUCUUUCAAUCAGAAGCUACUCGUUUGGUGGUGAAAGUAAUAACACCUUUAUUAGAGGUUGUCACAAUGUCUUUACACUUGUUCUCUAGUCUUUUUAAGACGGUUACACCACAAUCAUUAGUCCAGAUUGACUCUGAUAGAAUUGAUCAACACAAUACUGUAUCUGAGGUAAAUGUGUCCUAUGGUCAUAAUGUAAAUGUGAGGGACAUGUGGAUUUAUUCUGACCACCAGAAUAUAGUGAUCCUGGAGGAUGACCCUGUAGUGAUGGAGUCAGCCUCCUUCCUCUUUGAGAAGCGCCCCUCUGUGUCGACUCUACUGAGGUACCACAAGGGGGCGCUGAAAGUCCUCAGGGGCUCUCAGACCCUUUUGACCAGAGACAGUCGUGUCGUACUGGUGGGUCAUGGCAGCAAGGGCAGUGAUGGUGUGGCCAGACUAGGAGGUUAUGGGCCAGAGGAGCUUGCCAAAGUUGUGGUGGCCAUGAAGAUAGAAGAUGGGCAUCUGCACACCCUCAGCCUGGUGGGCUGUGCACUAGGAAAGGACCUCAAGUUUGCAGAGCGGCUGCUUCGAGCGCUCAUCUCACUCAACGUGGAGACCAAACUGCACCUGCGGAGCUCAGCACUAUCCGUCAGGCCCAACGGAGAGAAGGUGACCAGAGAGGAGGGGGUCUGGAGGCAUAAAGACGGCAGUAAGAAAGUCAUCGCCCAGCUGGACCAGAACGGUAACCUGCUGACCAGAGUGGAAGGAGACGACAGAGGACAGGUCAUUCCCAACUACCAGGGGCACGCCCUAUACAUACAGACUUUAGAAUGGCCGACCCACCCUCAAAUGUUUGUCUCAGCAAACUUGCGUAAGAAGUACACCUCGAUCGACUGUUUGGAGGGGCUUACAUGGAGCCUGUUUUUUGAGGAAAAUGAAAGAAGGCGCGCUCCAGAUUACAUCCCAGUGCACAAACAGGGGAACCUCACGUCCGUGUGGCUGGCUGACCACAAACCCAUGGAAGACAUUCCCAUCAAGCACCUCACCACCAUUCUCGAUCUGCUGGUGGAGAUCAGGUACAAUGCCAGGGAAGACACCGACUUUGACUUGUAUUACGUUCUGAACGACUGCAUCUUUAAGGUGCAGAGGAGAACCUUCUACGCCUCCCUGGUGGGGAAGUACAUUCAUUCUAACCAUCUGGAAGAAAUUGAGAAAUUCACUGAUGCUUUCAGGCACCAGAAGGAGGACUACUCCCUCCAAGAGCUUAGACAGGGCCUCAAGGCGUCCGAAUUCAACAACUUCUGCCGCCAGACGUUCCAGCUGCAACGAUGUGUCCAGGACUGUGAACGCUGGGGCCACUACUUCAUGGCUGCUGUGUUCUCUGCAUCUGUCCGAAACUUCCGCACAUUCUCACUCUUCCUUAUGAGUGUUAUCGCUUGCGAGGUGGGCCGAUCCCAAGGCUCUGACAGCUCACUUUGUACAGCGUUUGUUGGGGAUGACCACCCUAUGGUAGGGGACGACCCUUGGCUUGAACGCAGUAGACGCGGGUUCUAUGGCUGCACGGUGGGCAAAGCUGAGGAGAUGAUGACCAAACGAGACACACUCGACUGGCUGGAUCAGGUUGUUUCCAAGGAGAAUGCCCUCUUUGCCAAGUCCAAGCAGAUGAUGAGUGGCGUCGACCACGACCAGGAGACAGAGCUUGAUAUCUUUGGGAGGGUCAAGGUCAUGAAUAAAUAUGUGUUUUCAUCUUUCCUUGAAUUCUUUCGAGGAACGCCAGAGGGGAAGAAGCUGGCAAGAGGAUGCAGAGCUUGAGGAUAGUACAUGGCUGCUAGAUGACCUAAACCCUAUUCAACGAGAUAGCAAAAUUGUAAUAAUUGUUACUGGCUAAUAUCUGUUAAAUAUGUGAGGCAAAAUUAUAGUUUAAUUAAUGUCUAAUUAAGCUAUAUGGGCCAAGGGGGUGUGGUAUAUUGACCAAUAUUUCAAGACUAAGGGCUGUUCUUAUGCACAGCAUGAAGAGGAGUGCCUGGAUACAACUCAUGGCUGUAGUACAGUAUAUUGGCCAUAAACCACAAACCCAUGAGUUCCCUUAUUGCUAUUAUAAACUGGUUACCAACAUAAAUAGAAUAGUAAACAAGUAUUUUUGCGUCAUAGCCGUGGUAUAUUAUCUGAUAUACACACACACGGCUAAAAUGCUGUUUCAGCCAAUCAUCAUCUAGGACCCAAACUACCUGGUUUAUAAUGAAUGUCUCAUGUCUAUGUUAAUCUCUAAGGGCAAAAUGCUGUUUCAAGAAACAUUUGUGUGGCAUUUAAGUCCAUCUCCACUUAUUUCACGAAGUAGGCCUAAUUGUGAUUGGUGUGGUGUGUGGUUAUCAGUUAUGGGCAAUUAUCCAAAUAAUGAAACAUUCAUUAACAUUUAGGCCAUCAAGUUUCCAAACCUGUAAGGAAUGUUGUUAGAUUUAGCACCAUUUGCUUUUAUUUAGCACAAAACUAUAUAGAUCAGAAUAUGGUUCUAGCUAGUAUUGGUACAAGCUAAUUGACACAACAAUGUACAAUCAUUUCUGAGGGUAAUUUCUGUACUAUCUAUUAAAUAUUCACCCAUCCGGGAAUUCUUCUUUUGAGCAUAGUUCUGGGUUGGUGUGUUGGCUAGGUUCCCUAAGGAAUACAAAGGCCUAAUUAUGUAAGUAAGUUGCUGGGUUGGCUUUGUUAUUUGAAUAAUUGCGAAGCAUCAUGUGACUGUAAAAAACUGUAUUGUUGACUUAGGAAGAUACCAUUGCUUUUAGCAUUGGCGAUUGUAGUUCAGAAUUUUAGAAUGGCAUUCUCCAUACAGGGAUUCACUGGACCUGCUAGCACUCAUGCAAAAAAUAAUGCUUCUAGUAGCUGUCAUGGAUGAAUGCAAAUCUACAAACUGUGAACGUUUAGAUAAGACAUUCCCAUUGAACAAUUCAAAAUGAGUUGAUUCAUUAGACAAUGUGAUGUUCAGAGGUUGUAUGAAAAUGUGUAAUAAAUGUCAUUUGCCCAAUAGACUUAAUUUGCCAAAAUGAUAUUACUGUAGUAAGAAUGUAACAAUUACACACUGAAUACAAUGUGUGCUGUAUAGUUGUGACAACUAUACACCUAGUUCAUACAUUGAAAUAUGUAUAUGAUGAUUAUUUUUUUUUUGGAUCACAAAACGUACUUUGUGAAAUGCUUAUCUGUCGAUUAAUGAUGAAAGUUGCUAAUUCAACCAAAAUAAAUCAUAAUAAUGGAGGUCA